UUCGGCGUUCCACUUGCAAUGUUUUUUCCCCGUCAAAGCAACAAUAUUAUUUAUUUUUAGGGCUCAGUUUUGUUUUCCUUUGGGCUUCGUCUCUCUCGUCUGUUGUUGACUGUUGUAAGCUCGUCAAAAUGCCGGCGAAGACUUGCUGCAGAGGCACAUAUGAAGGAAAACCAUCGAUGAAUUCGGAAAUAAGUCAAAGCAAAACUAUUUGCAUUUUGGCAAUAGUAGCAGGAUGUUUUGCAGUUCUAUUGCCAUCGUUGUUUUAUCCGAUGAUAAAAAGUGCAUUUAUACCAUCAUACACCCAUACAGGGUGUUGCGAUGUAGUAACCAGUUCGGAUAUGAAUUUGGUAAAAAUAAUAACUGACAUAUGCGAUCGGACUAUUGAAGUAAAGGACAAAAAUACAUAUUGGGAAAUGUGCCAUCAUGAAAUUUACAAUACUUGUGCAAUAAAUAUAACAGAUUUGGUUAGUGGCAAUCAGGCUGGCGUUAUUGUUUCCUCAAAUAAACACGUAGUCGAUGAAAUACGGUCCUUGAACGGAUCUCUGUGUUUAAAAUAUCAUUACGGAGUUUCGUUGACAAGUUUGGGGGUCGCGCAUAGACUUAAAGAAUUUGAUCCAAACUCGAGUGCUCUACCGCAAGAGAGAAUUCCAGUACACCUAAGGGCAUCCCAAGGGGGUAUACAUCCGGCACUGCUAGAAAAAGGACGUGCUAUUCCUCAACCAAGAAGCUCGAGCUUUCCUACGCCAAACAGUUUCAAGCCGCCGAUGCCAGGGAUAAAACCACCAAUGGUUAAUAUGGGUUCAAAUCAUAGGCUUGGCGAUGGCGAAGGUGGUGGUUCUAUGAACUUAUUAAUGCCAAUGUACACCAUCGGCAUUUUCCUAUUUUUCGUUUAUACAAUAAUGAAGCUAUUGACGAAAAAAAACGAAGACGAACCCGAUGAUGUUUACCAAAACAUGUAUUCCCAUCAGCAGUAUUCUCAAGUAUCUAACGGUAAAGACCAUGGUUCUGCUAAACAACAACCACCUCAAAUGGGACCUCUAAAAUUAGGAUUUGUUGAAAAAGAUGCAAUCGUGUACGCGUUUUCGUCUCUGUUGCAAGAUGUGAAUCGGGAGAUAAAAUCGGCUUUAGAAACUGAAAGAGUUCCCACAAUAGACGAAUACGAGGAACUCGAAUCCUUAAACGCUAAUGGUGUACCGAGUGCUAUCAAACUUGUCGAUUGUGAAUCCAAUGACGACCGUUCCCAAGUCACAUCCACAACAGACUCUGGGGUAAUCGAUACGCCUAUCAAAGAAGAACUUGGCAGUGACGACCAACAGACUGAAGAAAUGACCGAUUCGGAAGUUUACGGUAAAAAAGUUAUUCAAGUGGUCAACAUGGAAACGUCCGAGGGUGUGGACGGAGGCCGUUGUUGGACUCCAAAAGAAAAAGAAGAUAUCCGUUCGUCAGACGAUACGUCACUAUCCGAACCCGUUUCCUUAUUCAUACCAGGCCCUAUCCCGAAAAACUCUCAGGUUUUGAUCAGCGACGGUCCACACAACACCCCCGGCGAAACAGAAGAUCAUGAAUCAGUAGUGUCCAGCAAAGUCACCUUGUCCUUAAUACCCGAUGAUCGAGUGCAUGAAAACGGGACAAAUGAAGAUGAAGAAGAGGAAGAAGAAGAUGAUGAUGAGGAAGAAGAAGAAGAUGAUGAUGAUGAUGAAAGUAACGAAAGCGAUGACGACGAAGAUGAUACCACAAAAACCAACACACCGACUAAAACAAAACAGAAAUAAACUACAACUGACGAUCUGCUGACAUAUAAUUUAUACAUAAAUAAAUAGAAACAAAAAAUUAUAAUUGUAUUAAGAAUCGACUUAAGUUUAACUUGCACGCGCACUGUGUAUAUAUUUAAGGUUAGUAUUGACUGAAUAGAAGAGGAAAGAAAUAAGGGGAAAAAAUAAUCAAUGAUACGGUAGUCGGUAUCUCCGUAAUAUUAUAUAUAUUGUAUAUUAUUAUAAUUUAUAGUUAGUUGCACGUAGACAAACGCACUAAACCAGUUUCUCUCUUAUUCUUGAUCCAUUGUUAAUUUUAGUGAAUAAUACUAAAUUUCUUGGUGAAAUAUUUUUACUGGUAAGAUUCUAGUAGCGAAAUAUUUUAUGAAAUAGUUAGUUAAAUAAUAAUAACAAUAUGAAGAAGUAUUUAGGCAGAUUUUAUUUGAAACAUUUUUUUUUUAACUCUAUAUCUUCUUAAUUUUUUCAUUGUUGUUUAUGUAUUUGUCUGUAUUUUGUACAACAUAUAAGACAUUUAAUUAAAUACAUGUUUUUUUCUCAGAACUGUUUUUUUGUAUCAAAAGACUUUAAAAUGCCUUCGCCACAAAAAUUAAUACAUUUUUUUGGUAACAAUGCUAUCGUCAUCAAUGCUUACAACAUACUCAGAAAUAUUUUUGACCAACGACCUCACUCUAUAAUUCUACAGUAGCGUUUAUCAAUUACGUCAUAUCGAAAAUGGUCAAAAACCAUCGUCACCAAGUAAAGUGUUUUGUAAUAGAGUUUAAUCUUAACUUAACACUAUUCUUAUUUUUGUUAUAACUUAUAACCACAAGUUUUGCUUAAAAGGUUCUUUUAGACAAUUAUUA